GAAGAAGAAGACGGAAGUUGUUUCCUGCUUGUCUUUUCUCCAGACUUGAACCAGACUCUGAGCCGGGGGACGAUAUGGCCUUGAGAGCUGCGUUGAAGUACAAGUGCGUCUUGUCAGGUCUUCUUUCCCAGCAAUCCUCCUGCAGCAGUCAUGGCAGAGUAUGUGCAACUCCUGUCCUUGCCGCUCAGCGGAGGAACAACUCCUCGUCGCCUAAAAUAGCCGUGGAUUUUGACCAAAGCACGGGUGUGGCUGUGAUGCGCCUGGAGAGUCCACCGGUCAACAGCCUCAGUUUAGAUUUCCUCACUGAGCUCUGCAUCAGUGUGGAGAAGCUGGAGAUGGAUAAGAGCUGCCGAGGCCUCAUCCUCACCUCGAGCCAGCCCAAGGUGUUCUCAGCCGGCCUGGACAUCACAGAGAUGUAUGGGAAGAGCCCAGAGCGCUGUGGAGAGUUCUGGAGAGCCGUUCAGGAGAUGUGGCUUAAACUCUAUGGCUCCAGCAUGGUCACCAUAGCUGCAAUCAAUGGUUCCAGUCCUGCAGGCGGCUGUCUCAUGUCUCUGACGUGUGACUACAGGAUUAUGGCAGACAACCCGCGUUACAGCAUUGGCCUAAAUGAGACACAGCUGGGCAUCGUAGCGCCUUUUUGGUUUAAGGACACCAUGACGAACACAGUGGGCCAAAGAACCACAGAGGUGGCUCUGCAGUUGGGGCUUCUCUACAACCCGUCAGAGGCCCUGAAGAUAGGACUGGUGGACCAGCUGGUACCUGAAGACCAGGUCCUCGCCACAGCCACGCAGACCAUGACCAAAUGGUUGGCUAUUCCAGACCACGCCAGAGCGAUCACCAAGUCCAUGAUGAGGAAGCCAACCAUCGACAAGCUGACGUCCAACCGAGAGGCCGAUAUCCAACACUUUGUUAACUUCAUCACCAAAGACUCAAUUCAGAAGUCGCUGGGCAUGUAUAUGGCGAUGCUUAAAAAGAGAAGGGUCUAGAGGAGAGAGGGCAAACGUAUUGAGUGUUACACGUGUUUGGGGGAGUUUGGUGUCAAUUGUGCGGAGAUCGUUGAGUGCAGCUCACAUUCAUUGCAGUGGAACACCAACUAUAACACGUAGUUUGUUUGUCCUAUGUAGCAUGAAGGGACUACAAAUGCAUUGACACCAAUGCUUCUGUGACAAAUAAAUGUUUCCCCUUAAUUUCUUUUUCGUUAAAGUAGCAUCAACACGUUCCAAUUUACUGUCAACCCCCCCCCCCCUCCCUUUAUUUUAAAAUGUAUUUAGUAAGCUAGUUAACUGAACAUGCAAACGUUUGAAGUUUAUGACGAAGCAGAAAAACACAAAUUUAAUAGUUAGUCACAAACCGGUCUCCACCGAGUGCCUAGCAUUACUGUACCUUCAAAAACCAUAACUUAUGAAAGUAACCCUGGGUGCAUUUGAAAAGCCCACAGUGGGCGAUGCCUUUGUGACAGAUUGUUCUAAAUAACAUGACUGAACUACUUUUUAGCCUGAAAUUUCUUAAGCCAUGGGAGUUUUUAUGUGGUCAGAGAAUUGAUUUGUGUGAUUAAAGAAUAAAAUGACUCCCUUUCAGUUUUGGCUGUGUACAUAACUCAUCUCCAUGAUCACAUUAAGUAAUAAAGUUGCUUUUGACAGUCA